UUGAUCUCCCGGAAAGCAAUUUCGAUCCAGGGCGGAUCAACAACGCUGCCCUUCAAAAAGAAAAAAUGUUAAAGUAUUCCGCCGAUGCAUCUCGGCAAGUCUGCGUGUCGAUACCCUACACUGUCUAAAUUAAACAUGCGUCAAGAGGUUUAUUUGUUACGGUAACCAGAGCGACGACGACUAUAUCGGUUUUCCCUGAUUCUGCGUUCCAUCCCAUGGCGAUGCUGUGGAAUUGUCACCUCAACCUGUCGCCGCCGAGAUGUGGAAAAUAGCUACGUUGUGCUUCUGAGUUCUUGCAGGGCCAAGCGGCCGACACCGGACACAAAGAUUAGCUCAAAUGGCUUCAUCUGAAGAUGCCCAACGAUUGCAACUGCCCAACCAACAACAUCUGAUGACAGCUUGAAGAAAACGACACUAGAUAAAGACAUAAUGGGAACUAGAGAACCAAUCCACAAUAACAUAACGGAUAUGAAUUCCACCAUCUACGUCUACGAUCUUAUAGACAACAAUUUAGUGCAAGUUGUAUUUCUGUUAGUAUACACUUCAAUUUUCAUUCUAGGCAUUUUCGGUAACGUACUCGUAUGUUACGUUGUGAUGAAAAACAAGGCCAUGCAAACUGUUACGAAUUUAUUUAUAACUAAUUUAGCGUUAUCAGAUAUUCUACUGUGUAUAUUUGCAGUACCAUUCACUCCAAUCUACACGUUCCUUGGAAAGUGGAUAUUCGGGAGCUUCAUAUGUCAUUUAUUGACGUUUGUUCAAAGUAUAAGUGUAUAUAUCUCAACGCUCACACUCACCUCCAUUGCGAUAGAUAGAUAUCUAGUUAUCAUAUAUCCAUUUCAACCCAGGAUGAAAUUGAUUACCUGCAUCUUCAUCAUAAUCGCCAUUUGGUUGUUCGCUAUUUUUGUUACCUUGCCUUACGGCUAUUACACCAAACAUGUAAUUAUACAAAACAGCACGUGCAACACAACAACAUGCGGUAAUACAACGAAAGGUGUGACCAAAUACUACUGUGAGGAAAUAUGGCCUAACGAAGCCAUUAGGAAAAUAUUCGGAGGCAUAACCUCUACCAUGCAGUUCGCCAUACCGUUUUUAGUAAUGGCUUACUGUUACAUACGAGUUUCCGUCAAACUGAACGAUCGUGCCAAAAGUAAACCGGGAUCGAAGACCUCCAAGAAAGAGGAGGCGGAUAGAGAAAGAAAAAGAAGAACAAAUAGGAUGCUGAUUGCUAUGGUCGCGAUUUUCCUCAUCUCGUGGAUGCCACUGAACACGGUCAAUGUUAUCUAUGAUUUUUACACGGAAGUGAACGAAUGGGAGUAUCAUCUGUUCAUUUUCUUCCUGGUGCAUGCCAUAGCGAUGUCAUCGACUUGUUACAACCCGUUUUUGUAUGCCUGGUUGAACGAGAAUUUUCGUAAGGAGUUCAAACUUGUUCUGCCGUGUUUCGACAACACCGCAGCUAGGAUGGGACCGAGAGCGCCUGCGAACUGCAAGUCUGACAGGACGUGCGAACUUGAAACGCAACAGAGGACUCUGGUUUCUACCACAAAGUGUUCCAAUAUGUCUCCCAACGAUAGGAAAAUAACGUCGCCACCCAUUAAGGUCGACAGUGUGGAGGUUGAAAAUGUUUUGAUACCGAUCACCAGUGCCAUUUAUGACCCUUUAGAUGAAACUGUGAGGUUGAGACUUAUCACAGAGGAAGACCAUUCCUUCGAACCUGAUGACGAAGUCAAUAAGAAAUAAGAUAUUCUUGUAUUUUCCGUAUAGGCUCGUUAUUCGUCAUUUCCUAGAAUUUGUGGGGAACAGUAGCGAAACCGAAAAAUUAUUUAUACACAUAUGUGAACAAUAGAUAUAUUUUUAUAAGAUAGGAUCUAUUUAUUUAGAUUCGUUGUUACUCCGAUUUUGGGUAGGACAGAAAAAAACGAUUUUAGAACGAAAUCCGAGUUCUGUUUCAGAUAGCUAGCGGAGUGAGAAAUAUUGGAAAUUUGAAACAUUUUUUGCACAGCAUUCGAUUUUCAAAACAAACAUCUACAGCUUCUAUAUACUCUCUUUUCAUCUGAUUAAAAGAUUUUAUUUUAGACUGAGCAAUAUUAAUAUUCUUUGGACACUCUAUUACUCUCUGGUGAAUCUUCUUAGUGACCUUCAUGGAAUCUUCUGUUUCUUAUUAAAUGGUGGUUGAUCUUACCAACUAAUUAUCACAUAACAGUUUAUUAGGCAUGAAUAUAUU